AUGGAUAGCAGCAGCAGCAGCAGCAAUAUGGAUGGCAGCAGCAGCAGCAGCAGCAAUACGGAUGGCAGCAGCAGCAGCGUGGAUAGCAGCAGCAGCAGCAGCAACAUGGAUAGCAGCAGCAGCAGCAGCAGCAGCAGCAGUAACAGCGGCACUACCGACAGUAGCAGCGGCGAUACGGAUAACAGCAGCAGCAGCAGCAGCAGCAGCGAGGACAGCAGCAGCAGCAGCAGCAGCAAUAAGGACAGCAGCAGCAGCAGCAGCUGUGUUGUGGACGAGAAAGUGGAGGUACCCAGCAGCAGCAGCAGCGGCAGCAGCAGCAGCAGCAGCAGCAAUAAGGACAGCAGCAGCAGCACAGCUCAAACCGAGAACGAAGAAAAAGAAAAAGAAAAGCAGCAACCAGCAGCAGACAGCAUGGCCACUGAUUAA